ACCUCGAAUGAUCUGAACAGGCUUAGAACUUGUAGCUAAAGAAGAAGAGAGGGAAGAGAGAGAUAAACAUGGACAAGGCACCGCCUUUUCUUUUACUACUACUAGUAGUAAUAUUAUUUUUCAUUUUGUAUCGGAUCUUCCGCCACUAUCUCGGCCAAAAGUCCAGUAAACUUCCCCCCGGUCCACACCAAUAUCCCAUAGUUGGAAAUAUGUUCCAGCUCAGUGGAAUCUUCCAUUCAACACUGGCAAAACUCUCCAAAACAUACGGACCUUUGAUGUCAAUUAAGGUACUGAACAGAAGAAUGAUCAUUGUAUCCUCACCCAAAGUAGCCAAAGAAUUACUUCAAAAACAUGAUCAUCUCUACACCUCUAAACUAGUACUUGAUUCAGCCCGAGCAUUUGACUAUCACAAGUUCUCUAUCAUCUGGUUGCCUGUAAAUGGCCAAUGGCAUAAUCUUCGUAAAUUGUGCAAAGAACAAAUUUUCUCCUCAGAAAGACUCAAUGCUAGUCAAGGGCUCCGUCAAGAAAAGCUACAACAGCUUUGCAAUUAUGUCGAUGGCUGCUGCAUUAACGGGGAAGCUGUCGACAUAGGUGAAGCUGCCUUCACUACAAUCCUCAAUAUUCUGUCCAACACUUUAUUCUCUGUUGAUUUUGGUAAUUACGAGUCCAAUUCAUCUCGAGAACUGAAAGAAAUCAUAUCGGGUGUGGUGGAUACCAUAGCAAAACCUAAUCUUUCAGACUUCUUUCCGGUGCUCAGAGCAAUUGAUCCACUGGGUAUUAGGCGGCAGACCAAAUUUUACUUUGGAAAAUUGCUUCAAAAAUUUGAAGAAAUUAUCAGGCAACGGUUACAAGAAAGAGAGAAAUCUCUUGCUUACUUGCGCAGAAAUGACUUGUUGGAGGUCCUCCUUGAUCUCACCCAGCAGCAAAAAUCUGAAUGGGGCAUUGAGGAGAUAAAACAUUUGCUUCUCGAUUUAUUCCUUGCAGCAUUUGAUACAACAUCAUCAACGGUGGAAUGGGCAAUUGCAGAGUUAUUGCGAAACCCUGAAAAAAUGGAAAGGGCUAGAUCUGAGAUUAGAGAAAUCAUAGGAAGAGGAAAGCUGGUUCAAGAAUCACAGAUUUUUGCACUCCCUUACUUGCAGGCAAUUAUUAAAGAGGUCUUUCGCCUUUACCCUCCUGCCACCACAAUAAGUCGCUAUUACGAGGCCGAUAUCGAGAUUGGCCAGUACAUUGUACCCAAAAAUGCUCUAGUACUUGUUAAUUUAUGGGCUAUUGGUAGAGACUCUAGCUUGUGGUCGAGUCCUGAUUCCUUUGUGCCAGAAAGGUUCCUGGAUAGUGAAAUUGAUGUGAAAGGCCAGCAUUUUGAGCUCCUUCCAUUCGGUACAGGCAGGAGAAUGUGUCUUGGAAUGCCGCUGGCUGAUCGGUUUAUUCAUUUGACGGUGGCUUCGCUCAUUCAUAACUUUGAUUGGAAGACUGAAGGAGGGAUCAAACCAGAAGAUGUGGACAUGAGUGAAAAGCUUGGAGUUACAAUGCAGAAGGCUGUACCCCUUAAAGCCAUUCCAACUCGAACCACAGUUUAAUCAUUCGUUUUUACAUACUCAAGUUGUCAUUUCCACGGUGGAGGGAAGGUUAGGUUGGAUAGUAAAGUAGGAGAUUCUGUGUUCAAGAUCUCCCUUUACGGAAAAAAAGUUGUCUCUAGUGCGACUUUUUCUAGCAUUUUCUUGUAUGUACAAUAGGUAUAAUAAGUACAUGGACACAGUUUUUAAGGUAGGUGGAUUUUGAUGCUGCGGUACAUUUUCUGUAUCACAGU